AGACUAACGACUAUAGUAGAUACACGAUUAUCAGCUGGUCGCGAGCCAGUAGACAUAAAUUAUGAGCCGGUUAACACAAAAAAUUAUUGAGCCACUAAUCAUGUUAAAUUGAACUGCGGUUCUUGCCGUGGCAGGAAGGCGAGACAGUCAAAUCAUCCUCGGACACGACCACGUCCCGCCCGUCGCUCCUGCAACAGAAGAACGACUCCGAUUUGCCUAUGUGGAUCCGCUGCUGGUCGUUGAUGUGGUACUACGGGUGGUGUUGCUAGAAGGAAGACAUCUCCACCUCCGCUGCAGUUUUUGUAUUCCACCCGAGGAUGGUUCUCUCCAACUGUGUCCUGUCGGGGAGUGCCGGGAGCACCGGCACCGCAGUCGUUGUUGCGCGGCAGCACUUCUGUUUGCUCCUUCUUUUUUUGAUCCUCGGAACGCAGAAGAUGCUUGUGUUUACCAGGGCGACUACUCUUACAACCGGGAAGAUGAAAGUAGCCAAAGCGACGCCCGGCCCAGCGGGAAAGCAACUAGAACCACGACCACGAGGACAAACGACGAACACAAAGAGCAGAUGAAGCUGCCAAGAAGUCGCGGGCGGACUACAACAGCCCCAGCGGAUGCACACGCAAGCUCUUACAGAGCUGAUCUGCCCGCAGAUGCCGUCUUCGACGUCGAAGAGAGUAGAACUGCCCCCAUUAAUCCUGCCGCGGAGCCAGCGUCCGGACGCGCCGCUCUUGAAGUUCUUGGAGGAGCAGUCAGUAAAGGCCUAAACUCUCCAAGAAGAACGGCCGUGGACGAGGAAGGCGAAGAUGAGACUCUCGAAGAGCGCGGUGAUGAAGCAGACGCCGACCAAGUCGUCGCGUCUGAGCAGCCGGAACACCAACAGCAAGAAGCGAAGCCGGAGCUGGAUCUUCAAGAGCGGCCUCUACUUGAUGAAAGCGCCGAUCACAUAGUUGGUAAAAACAACCAGCAUCACCAUCCGAAUCUCCGGGGCGGUAGAAAGCCUACAAGUGGUAGCAGUUUAGCGCCAACAACAACAAGGGCGGCCACGUCAAGCUCUAUGGUGGCGCUACAAGAAGUAGAAGCACUGCAGCAGAUUGAUGAAGAAAGUUCUUCGUUCCUUAAUUCAGCGGCGUCAUCAGCAUCAUCGGCAGAAGGUGAAACUAAAAGCGAAGACCUUCUUCGGUCGUCGGACUUUGUACAAAAAACUGCUGGAUCCGUCGUGAAAACGACCUUGAGCUCCGGCGAGACCAAGACGAUGAAAGCGAAAGCAAAACAACUACACCAGGAAAAACAACAGCAACGCACAACGGUGAAAGUCGGGGACCUGCUAGGGUGUGCGUGCAGUGCGGGAGAACCUGCGUUCCCUUUGUCCGAGGCCUUCCUCCACAAAUAUCCGGCGGCCCGUCUCGAAGGAACCUCUCUGCAAGCCGCCGGCCUUCUGCCCCGUAUUUGGGCGGCCCUACUACGUCCCGUGGAACGCUCCAGUCAUAUGUUCCGAGACCCAAGAUAG